UCACGUUGAUUUAGGCGACCCAUAGAUGAACUAUGAAGAUAAUAAAAUUUGAUUAAAAAAUUUGGGCAUUUUGUUAUGUGCAAGUCACUUUACGCAUUCAGUUGAACGUGAAGUGCUACAAUGGCACCAGUGUUAGGAUAUUGGAACGUGCGUGGAUUAACUUCAUCCAUUCGGAACUUAUUGCAUUUUACUGAAGCUGAAUUUGAAGAAAAAUUGUAUGAAUUCAGUGAAGAAGAGAGGAAGGUGUGGCAGGCUGAUAAGUCGAGUUUAGAUCUGGAUUUUCCCAAUCUUCCGUACUACAUUGAUGGCGACGUAAAAUUGACUCAGAGUACGGCCAUUUUACGUUACUUGGGAAGGAAAUUCAAUUUGAUUGGCGAAAAUGAAGCAGAAACACAACGACUAGAUUUAGCCGAACAACAGGCCACUGAUUUACGUAUGGGUUUGAUACGACUCGUCUAUUUCAGCAGUAACUUCGAACAAAGCAGGGAAGAUUAUUUAAAAAUUCUGCCGGAAUUGGUGAAGGAGUUCAGUAGAUUCUUAGACUCUAACAAAUGGAUUCUUGGAGACAAAAUAUCAUACGUUGACUUUCUGCUGUACGAUGCACUUGAUUUCAAUCGUUUAUUUGAUGAAAAAUCUUUUGAGGGAGCCGAUAUCAUAAAUUCGUAUUUGGCUCGUUUUGAAUCAAUUCCUCAAAUCAAGGCGUACAUGACUGGUGGUGAAUACAAAAAGUUACCCAUCUUCAGUCCCAUAGCGUCGUGGGGUGGAUAACUGAACAAAGUAAAAUAUGAAAGUUCAGUUGCUGCUAAAGAAAUUUUCAUUUAAAUACAUUGUGGAAGAAAAA